AUGAGGUCGGAUCUGAAAAAUCGGUCCGCCAAUUCCACUCGCGCUUCACCGGCAAUUACAAAGCGCUUAAAAAUUGUUGAGGAUUUAGCAAAUCCUUGUUCUUCAUCCUCCAGAGGAAGCUGCUUCAAAGAGAAUGUUAAUAUUAACAACUCAGACCCCACGAAACUGAGUGCAGAACCACUGCCGAUGAAGAGAAAGAAAAAGGGAGGGGGAUACAAUUUACGGAAAAGCCUAGCAUGGGAUAGAGCCUUUUUCACUGAAGAAGGUGUUCUUGAUCCCAUAGAACUCUCUACAAUUAGUGGUACCUCUUGUGGAGAGAGAUUGUUUGCCAUAGAUGAAGAAAUUUCCAGCGCUUCAUGUUAUACUAUGGAAUCUGCUGAUACUCCAGCAAUUGAAAACGAUCUAAUGAAAGAACCUCCAAACGAAGCUUUGCAUAAAUAUGGGAGUGAUUGCCUAUCACCAAAGCCCAAUUCAUCAGCUUUUAAUGAUGUCAUUUCAACUUCUAUUGUCAGUUUUUUGCUCUCUACCUCAAAUAUAACUGUUGCCAAAUCUGCAAGCAAUGCAUUGAAGCUGCUGAAGGUUCCUGUUCCAAAGUCAGGUCCUAGAGCGAACUAUUUGAAGCAUAACCAGGUUACUGAACCAGUUGUUAGCGUCCAGAGGAAUAUAGGAUCAAAGAGAUCCUCCAAAAGUCAGAAAAACACUGAUGAUACAUCAAAAGCUGGUACUUUAAGACCAUCCCGCCAUUCAAAAGGAAAUUCAAUUUCACAGGAAAACUCAUUGCAGAAAGGACAAAUAUCAAUUGACAAAAGUCCCCUGCUUGUUGAAAAACCCAAUAAUUGUGGUUCAAAGAUGAUUUCGGAUAAUAUGGUUCCAUUUAACCCAGGGCAUUCAUUUGAGAGCCGAGAUGAGCCCACAACAAUCUCCAUCUCGGUUGCUCAGAAUGCUUGCAUCAGUGGAGGUAAUUUGCAUCCUUCACGAAAUCAAGCCCCCAGACCGUCAGGUUUGAGAAUGCCAUCACCAUCAUUAUCGUUUUUCAGUCAGCCUAAAACUUCGGGCUCAUGUAGAUUAUCAUGGAGAAAUACAGACUCGAAUGUUUGUGGGAUACAAAAACUUGAAGAUUUAAGGUCACAUAAUACUCUGAGGAAAAGUCCGAAGCUGGCCAAUGGCACCGAAACAAGCACAAGUAAUAGCAAUAGGCUCAUAAGCUCCAGAUCAGAAUGUUCUGCACCAUUUGAGGUCAGGGCUAUUUCACGUGGAAUAAUUGAAUCUAAUGUGGAGGAAAACCCUACACAGAAGGUGGGAACAAAGGUUUUAUUUGAUGCCAACAGUUCUGAGCCAAAAGGUAAUAACAUUGAUGUCAAUGGACAGCUUCAGGAUGUUCUCAAGCAAAUAGAAAUUGAGAAGGUAAUACCCCGGGAGGAUAUAGAAUUUCAGAAGAAUGACAAAGAAGUUCCCUUACAAAGUACUUCAUGUGAAAAAGUGACAGAUGAUAUCAAGCUUAAGAGUACUAUCCUUGGUAGUCCAGGAAAUUGUGUAUCUUGUAUGAGUGGAUGGGGAAAUUCAAAUCUAGUGUCACCACACGACCAUUUGAUGCUUGGCACAAGUGGAUCUGAUACAAAAGCUGCAGCCAAUGAACCACAUGAAGAGCCAAAAAUUUGCAAAUUUUCUGUCUCAAAACAUGAUAUCAGAUCCGAGACACGACCUGGAGAGGUAAAUGAUCACAGAUGGAAGAAUUCUUUGAUAGUGGGGAAUAAUUUGGUGGAAACAUGUAUGCAGGAUUUUCAUGAACCACCUAGGGAGCAAACUGACCAAUUAAAGUUCUCCCUUGGAAAGACUGAUCCGGACCUUACUGGAGAUAAGCAUAUUUUGAAGACAAAUGGAAGAGGUAAUGAACCAGCUAAAACGUCCGAAGAAUAUGGAAGUUGGUAUGUUGGAAAUGUAGAUUAUGAAGCUCUAGAAAGUAUUAUGAAAAGUCCAUGUUCUGCAUCUAAGAACGAACAUAAAGAUCUUUCAGUAGAAGCUACUACUGCAGAUGCGAGAACUUAUAACUCACUUGUGGGAAAGGCACAACUUCAGGCUCCAGAAGAUAUUUUAACUAUUGAAAGCUCUAAAAAUGACAUCAAUCAUAUAUUGGUGGUUGGUGCUAGUAACAAGCAAUCAGGAAAAGCUUCAGAGCUUCAGGACAUUCACCAAGAAGUUGAACUAGAUUCACAAAAUAAUUAUAUAUUGCGUACAAGUGAUUGGUUGUUGCCAGAAAAACAAGCAUGUUGUAUAGAAUCCUUGCAAGAAAAACUCACUGAGACACUUCCAGUAGUUGCUAUGGCUGGAAAAGAUGGAAAUCAAUUUUUUGACGUUUACAUGGAAAGUACUCAGGCUCCAGCUGCAGUUCAUGAUGAUGACUUAAAUAUAGACGAAAUGACCAAUCAACCUCUAAUCAGGGAUAAGCAGUUUAAUUUCAUUGAAAAUAUCCAAUCUUCUGAAAGUCGCAACAUUUUAAUUGAUUUGACUUCCAGUUAUGAUGGUGUACUCGCAGCUGAAGCUAACUAUUUGGAACUUAAUAGUUCUCCUGAUGAAGUAACAAAGUCAUUCGUUGGAGGUGAUGGGAGAUUUCCAGAUGACAAUGACAUGUGGAAUAUGGGAAUGAAUGAAUUGAAAGCUGAUUUGUUGUUGGAGGAACCUGCAAGUAAACAAUUGUCAAACAGUCCUCAUCAGGAAACACAGACAAUAGAGAUGAACUAUAAUAGUUUGUUUUCCAGAAGCAUGAUGUUUGAAGAGUCGCAGCAAAUUAUUAUUGAAAGGACAACAGAUUCCAGGCCAAUGUUAGAUUGUUAUCAUGAAAACAAUUUAAGAACUUCUGCCCUUUUAGUAAAGGAAGGGGGAUUUGGAGUGGAUAAGGAGACUACUGUGUCACGCAAGGAGGAUUUGAUGGUGCAGUCUUAUGACAAAGCAUUAAACGAAUUCUGUGUCAAGCUUACUUCAACAGAUCCUAGUCAAUAUAUAAGGGAUGCUGAUUGCGAUGAACAGUCAGGACAUUUGAAAUUGCCUAAUCCUGUUGUAUUUGAAAAUCUUUUCCUCAGUAAUGAUGGAUUACCUUUGAAGAAUCACUCUCAGUCUGUAAAAUGCAUUCUCUCUGAUGAUUAUGAUCAAACUACUGUUUUGGAUAGCAUGGUGGAUUCUGUUUCAAAACCAAGUGAUCCACAUGGAGGCAAAAUAAGAUCCAGUGUUAAUGUCCAGAAACCAACUUUGAUGCAUAAAACUUGCAGAGAUGCAGAUGAAAUUGUUGGUCAAUCUUGUGUACAUGAUCAGAAAGAGAUUGAAGGUUCUCGAGACAGUAGUACUUCUGUUAUUGAAGAAUCUGCCGAGGAUAAAGCUGCAUUUGCAUCAAUCAAUAAAUUUGGUGACGGUCUUAAGAAGAAAAGUCGUGCAUUUGUACCCCCACAAAAUGCUGUUCCAUUUUCUGAUGAAUGGUUGGCUGCCAUUGAAGCUGCUGGAGAGGAUAUUCUCACCAUGAAAAGUGGUUCUGUACAACAUUCGCCUCCUGACAAAUCUCUUCCCGAGCCAAAUCCAUGGUCUCCGGUGAAAAGGAAAACCAAUCAGAUAGGACCCUUUGACUGUACAAAGUUCACCAACAUCUCGCCCUCUAACUCCAGCUAA